AUGAGGCGACGUGCGAGUACCGGUGCAGAUUCCCAAGCGUCUGUAGCAGCCAUGGGCCCCAGAGAAAAGCGACCCUGGUACUCUGACCUUCGUGAUCCUGCCGCGCUGGCUGACUUGCUCCUGGAUCCUCGGAUCGACGUUCGCCUCAUCCGCGGCACGUACCUCGAGAAGCUACACCAGGCGAAACAGACGGUGAUCCGGCGCCAGGAGAUCGAGACAGAAGCUGAUGCAGUGGUUACGCCUGAGGAGCUGCUGAGAUGGAAAACGGACGAAGGCUUCCGGCGCAGAGUGCGGAUCAUCGGUGUCUCGCAUGUUUGGGAGACAAUGGAGCAUCCCGACCCGACGGGGCAUCAGCUGGGCAUGCUGGUGAACGCAAGACUGUGGCCUGACAAGUGGUCAUGGUAUUUUUUCGACUACAUGUCCAUCUACCAGUUCUAUCGGGGAUAUCAGUACAGCCGCCAGCAGCGAUGCUUCGAUGCUGCAAUGCUGCAUAUGCAUUUCUUUUACGCCCACGAGCACACCUACACCUACUGCAUUGAGAGCUUGACGCCGCCGGACCAGAUCGAUGGGGACCGCAAGAUCGAGGUGUUCUUCACACCGGAUGGAAGGGGAGAGUCUGGACAAGUGCAAGAGGUGCAGAUCCAGGCCCUGAAUGCCAACACGACGCCCUACUCCCAUCGCGGUUGGUGUGAAGCAGAGAUGCAGUGGUCCAGCAUGCGGGACAGAUUGCAGACACAUUCCCUGGGCAGUCGCUGUCUCCAUCCCUGGAACCGGGCCCCUAUGCCGCCAAAUGUAUUUCAAGAGAAGGUGCUUCAGAAAGACUUAAAAUUCACGCAUAGAAACAAUUCUGACCAGGUGGUACAGCUGCAGGCGCGUGUGUUCAUGGACAAGGCAUUGAACUGCACAUCUUUGAGUUUGACGAGGCUGCCUCGUGACCAAGUUGUGGUGCUGGGUCGCGCCUUGUGCUUCUACAAGAAGCUACAAACCCUGUCCGUGACCAACAGCAUUCUUGAUAAAGAGGGUUGUGAAGAACUGGGAAAGAAUCUUCGUGUCAAAAUGCUGAACUUAACAAGAAACACAAUGCUGGACGGCUCGCUGGCGGCACUGUCUGCUGGCUUGGUGGACAACCGGUCAGUCUUGCAUGCCAACCUCUCAUGCUUGCUGCUGGGUGAUGCGCACGUCAAGGCCAUAGCAGACGUCUUGCGGUCACAAAGCAGUCAACUGCAAACGUUGGACCUUUCCAAGAACGAGAUCGAGGAUGAUGGAGCCGCUGCCCUUGCUGAAGUACUACCUGCCAACCAGUGUUUGCGAAACCUCAUCCUAUGCUCCAACAGAAUUUCCACUGUUGGAGCCACUGCAUUCGCACGGGCCAUCCAAACUGGAGAGGUCACUUUGCAAAUGCUUGACCUUGACCAGAACGAAUUUGCUGAACUUGGGAAGAGCGCCCUCGUGGUUGCGGCAGAUGAGGCUUGGAGAAAGGGUGUGCGGCGGUUUGUCGUUACCUUCCGACCCCAUGGGAAGAAGGAGCUCAAGCCGAAACUUCAGACUUUGAGAAUCUGGAUGAUGCGGGUGGCCGUUACAACCCAGACAUUGUGCUACUUAUUGCAUGUCCUGCGAGUACUGACAUGGUGGCGCGAGUUUUUGGCCUUUGCGAAAUACGUGGAAUAUCUUCAGAAGGAUCCAGAGGUAAGUUCUUCAUAUUCAUCAGAACAGCUUGAUGCCGCUCGGGCACGUGCGUGGUCAGGGGCAUGGUUGCUUCUUCCAGCAGCUGUUCUGUUGUUGGUCAUCCUCUGCUAUGUCGGAGGGCUAGCUUUGGACUUUAUCUUCGCCGCCUUGCUAUGGCAUCAAGGCUUCUGGUUCCGAGGACUUUCUUUAGGCCUCAAGAAGCCAUGGCGGACGCUGCGCAAGUUUGGCUUCGUGGGAUGCCGAGCCUUUCUAGUCGUAUUGACGCUGAUGCUUGCAUGUUUCCGGUCCUGGAGCUUCACAGCUCGUCUCACAAUGUACAUCACAGUUGCCGAUGUGGCUUUACAAGGUGCUAGCCGUGCACACGACCUGGGCGCACUCAUCCUGCGUGUCAUACAUCUGACAAGCAGGCAGUGCAAAGCGUUGAGCGAUGUGGCUGAGCCUUUCACCGUGUGA